AGGCAUUCUUGCUUCUCACUUCUCUUGGUCUCUAUUUUUUCUCUCGAACGAACGCACAUUACGGGGCGGCAAUCACGCACGCACGCACGCACACAGCGCAGCGCACCGCAUCGCUCGCCGGUUUCGCCCAGCACUACUACUAGCAACUGCUGCGUCGAGCUCACAAAGGGCGCAGAUCAGCUGAGCCGUCUCUCGUCUGGACGAGACACUCGUUGGAACUCCCGUGACACGCGCGGAGUCACCCGAAGCAAGCAAGCAAGCAACGUCGUUGCAGCGAGAGGGGAGCGGUCAAGGAGAUGGCCAACGUCGUUCGCACCAAGUCGACCCGCCCUGGCGAUGGGUCCGCCGCUCCAGGGCCCUCUCGGCUCGGCGCUCUGCCUCGCCCAGGGGGUGCGGCGGCUGACGCAGCGGCAGCCGCCGAGUUCGCCAGCAAAAAGUACGUGUGGAUCCCCGACAAAGACAGCGGGUACCUCUCCGCGUGGGUCGUGCGGGAAGAGGAGGGUGGCGACGUCAGCGUGUGCAGUCUGAGCGAUGGCCAGAUGCGCAAGGUGGCCACCGAUGACCUCAGCAAGAUGAACCCGCCCAAGUUCGAAAAGGCAGAGGACAUCGCCGACCUGACGUUUCUCAAUGAAGCUAGCGUCGUGCACAACCUGCGCCAGCGUUACUUCAGCGGCCUCAUCUAUACCUACUCGGGUCUUUUCCUCGUCGCAGUGAACCCUUACCACCCGCUGCCCAUCUACACCGAUGCCAUCGUGGCCGCAUACAAGGGCCGGCGGCGAGAGGAGAACGCGCCUCACGUCUAUGCGCUUGCGGACGGCGCCAUGCGCAACAUGCUCGAGGCCAGGGAGAACCAGAGCCUGCUCAUCACGGGCGAGUCGGGUGCAGGAAAGACGGAGAACACCAAAAAGGUCAUCCAGUACCUUGCUGCCGUCGCCCUCGAUCCAGCCGGCAACAAUGGCGCGUCGACGCCAAACGCUAAUGGGGCAGGGCCAUCGACGCUGACGCGGACACCGAGCUCCCGACACGUCAUGGACCAGCUCCGGGGCGUCGAAGGGCUUGCGUCGAAGCGGCUCGGCCUCCUCGAAAGGCAGAUCCUCCAGGCCAACCCGAUCCUGGAGGCGUUUGGCAAUGCGCAGACGAUCCGCAACAACAACUCGAGUCGAUUCGGCAAGUUUGUCCGCAUCGAGUUCACCUCGGGGGGAUCCAUCGCCGGCGCAAACAUCGACUGGUACCUUCUCGAGAAGAGCAGGGUGACAAAUCGCAGCGAAAAGGAGCGAAGCUUCCACAUCUUCUACCAGCUCUUGCGCGGCGACGACGAGAAGCUCAAGUCCAAGCUGCUCCUGACGAGCUCGCCCGACGACUACGGCUACCUCAAGCACUCGCGCAAGCACGUCGAGGGCAUUGAUGACACCCAGGAGUGGCACGCCCUCCUCGAGGCGCUCACCGUCGUUGGCUUCACGCCAGAGGAGCAGCAGAACCUUUUCCGAGUUGUGGCAGCGAUCCUUCAGAUCGGAAAUAUUGAGCUGGCCGACGACCGAUCGGAGCAGGCACGCAUCACCAACGCCGCGCAGGUGGAAAAGGUGUGCCACGUCCUCGGUCUGCCCGAGCAGGAGCUGUCCAAGGCCCUUCUGCGGCCACGGGUCAAGGCUGGCCGAGAGUGGGUGACCCAGUCCAGGACAAGACGGCAGGUCAUCGACGAGAUGGCAGCCCUGUGCAAGACGCUGUACGAAAAGACUUUCUCCCACAUCGUCGAGCGCAUCAACCGCGCUCUCGACCGGCCCACCAGCAAGAGCACCUUUAUUGGCGUGCUCGACAUUGCUGGUUUUGAGAUCUUUGAGACCAAUUCGUUUGAGCAGCUCUGCAUCAACUACACCAACGAGAAGCUCCAGCAGUUCUUCAACCACCACAUGUUCGUCCUCGAGCAGGAAGAGUACGCGAGAGAAAACAUCGAGUGGGACUUUGUCAACUUCGGCCUCGACCUGCAGCCCACCAUCGACCUGAUCGAAUCGACGAGCCCGAUUGGCAUUCUGUCGUGCCUCGACGAGGAGUGCAUCAUGCCCAAGGCGACUGACCUCACCUUUACCGAGAAGCUCGACCGCCAGUGGUCCACCAACAAGGACGGUACUGCAAAGGACACGGCUGGCGAGGAGCUGGCACGGGAGCGCGGCGUCGCCCAUGGCUCGACAAAGUAUGCGCCCACACGCUUUGCCCAAGGCUUCACCAUCAAGCACUAUGCCGGUGAUGUCGAGUAUCGCACCGAUGGCUGGCUCGACAAGAACAAAGACCCGCUCAACGACAACCUGACCCGCGUCAUGUCCGAGUCUACCGACCGCUUCGUCGCCGGCCUCUUUGCCGAGUAUGCCGUCGACGACGACGCCGGAGCUGUUGGUGGCCCCGGCACAGUGGCGCCGCCAAAGCGGAGGAUCAAGCGGGGCGCAUUCAGGACAGUGGGACAGCGACACAAGGAGCAGCUCACCUCGCUCAUGUCGCAGCUCGGCUCGACGCAGCCCCACUUUGUGCGCUGCAUCGUGCCCAACCCGGACAAGAAGCCGGGCAAGAUGGACGUGCCCCUCGUCCUCGAGCAGCUGCGGUGCAAUGGUGUCCUCGAGGGCAUCCGAAUCGCUCGUCUGGGCUACCCCAACAGGCUUCCCUUUACCGAGUUUAGGAAUCGCUACGAGGUCCUCACACCGGGCAUCAUUCCCAAGGGCUACAUGGACGGACGCAAGGCGUGCCAGCGCAUGGUUGAGGCCCUCGAGAUGGACCGUGCCUCGUUCAAGGUCGGCCUGACCAAGAUCUUCUUCAAGGCUGGCAUUCUCGCUGAGCUCGAAGAGAAGCGAGAUGCGCACCUGUACGACAUCUUUGCGCGCUUCCAGGGCGCCUGCCGCAUGUUCACAGCCCGGCGCCAGAUGAAAAAGAUCCUCAACCGGGCUUCUGCUGUGCGGACGAUCCAGCGCAACGCCAGGCUCUACGUCCAGCUGCGCGAGUGGCCCUGGUGGCAGCUGUACAGCAAGGUGCGGCCGCUGCUCAAGGCUACGCGCCACGACGAGGAGCUCAAGCGAAAGCAGCUCGAGCUCGCCAUGGUCACGGAGCGUGCAGAGCGGGACCAAAAGGAGCGCGAGGCCCUCGAGGCGCUGCGCUUCAAGCUCGAAAAUGACAAGAAAAAGGUCGAGUCGGAGCUCGAGUCGGAGCGUGCCCUCCUCGUCGACAAGGAUCAGCUCCUGGCGCGGUCAAAGGAGCGCGAGUCGGCCCUGGAAGAGGACCUGGCUGCGAUGCAGGCCGAUGUCGACCAGCUCGACAACCAGCUCGAGCGUGCGAUUGCUGGUCAGCGAGCCGCCGAGCAGGCUCGUGACGAGCUCAAAGUCGCCUUUGACGCCGCGGCAGAGCACCUCAUCCGGCUCGAGGCCGAGCAGCAGCAGUGGCAGACAAAGGAGACGACGCUCAUGGCCAAUGUGGGCCAGCACACCGACGAGCUCGACCGGCUCAAGGCCGAGAAGCAGGCGCUGUCCUCGGAAAAGUCGGAGCUGAACCUCAAGCUGCGGGAAAAGGAGCAAGACCUCGAACGGUCCCAGAAGAGGCUCUCAGCGGCUGUGGCAGAGGUCGAGAACAAGCUCAAGCAGGAGAUCAAGGCGCGAGAGGCUGACAAGUCUCGUCUGGCCGAGAUUGAGGACAGGAGCCGGCAGUCGUCGCAUCAGCUCUCGGAGCUUGCCAGGGCUUCGACUGAGCACGAGGAGAAGCUCAAGAAGAAGGAGGCAGAGGUCGCUGCUGCCGCUGCUGCCGCUGCUUCAGCGACCAAGGAGCGCGACUCGAUGACGAAGCAGAUCAGCACACUCCAGGUCCGCGUCGAGACACUCCUGGGCGACCUCCGAUCGGCCCGGAGCGAGGGUCAUCGCAACGUCGAGGCGAACGCGCAGCUGCAGAAGGAGCUCGACGAGACGCGCAAGCUCAUGGAGGCAAAGAGCUCCGAGGACUCGAAGCAGAAGGAGGUGCAGAGGAUGAAGGAGCAGGAGCUCCAGUCGCUCCGCCAGCAGAUGACAGCACUGCAGUCGGACCUGCAAAAGGCGAAGCACUCGUCGUUGGAAGAGUUCAACUCGCUCAAGGUCCAGGCGGACGCAUCCAAGAAGCAGCACGAAGACCUGUCGCGAAGCCAUGCUGAGCUCAAGUCGAAGCUGAGUGCGAACGAGCGAAGGAUGGUGGAGCUGCAGGCUGCGACUACGGCUGCCGAGAUGGCCAAGCGAGCGGCCGAGGGUGAGCUCACCACGCUUCGAGAGCGUAUGAGCGGCGCAGAAAAGUCCGUUCUCGAGGCGAAGAGCGCAAAGGACGCGACAGAGAAGCAGCUAGCCGCGGCCAAUGCCAAGUUCCAGGAUCUCGAAGACGCUCACCUGGAGCUUGAACGAGGCCAGUCUGCCUGGAAGCUGAAGCAUGACCAGGCGACGAUGGAACUUUCUGCUGAGUCCAAGAGGCGCGAGCUCCUCGAGAGCGCUGCGAGACAGCACGAGAGGACGGCACAGACGCUCACUCAGCAACACGGCGUCAAGGACAAGGAACUGGCGCGCCUCAAGGAGGAGCUGGCCGAGACGCAGGCGGAGCUGAAGAAGACGCAGAGCAUGACGAACAAGACAAUCGUCGAGCACGUCCAUGUCCUCGAAGAAGCCAAGAAGUACACGGACCGGCAGCUGGCAGACGCACAGGCCAAGCUGCAGGAGCUUGCGCACUACACCAAGACGCUGGAGAAGAGCAAGGCGAGGCUGGCAAACGAGAACGAAGACCUCGGGAGGGAGAACCAGCGGCUGCAGCACGAGUCGCGCUCGGCGGGACGCGACAUCACGUCGAUGGCCAAUGUCGCACCGACGGGCCACCACGACUCUAAGGCGAUGAAGUCGCUCGAGGCGAAGGUGUCGGAGUUGCAGACGUCGCUGAGGGACGCCAGGCGGGAAAGGGACGAGGCGCAGUCGAACGCGCGCCGCAAGGACCUGCAGCUCGACGAGACGCUCUCGCGCACGAGGCAGCAGUUCGAGACCCGCAUCGUCGAGCUCGAGAGGGAGCUGCGGGGCAGCCAGAAUGCUCGCAGCACCACGUUCCAAAACCUGCAGGAGCUCGUCGAGAAGUCUGCCGAGCGGAGCGGGGGCGCGGACGACCUCAAUUUCCGCAGGAGGCUUCUUGAAGAGCUCCGAGCGGGCAACGAUGAGCUCGAGGUGGACAUUGCUCAGAAGGCUGACAUGCUCCGGAGUCACAAGGUCAACGGCAACGCGUCUACGCCAUCGUCAAAGAGGGACAGCAAGCCCCUUUACACCUUUGGCAACAUUGCUCCUAGUGGGCGGGGCCUGGGUAGCAACAACCUGCUCGAGGCGCGCAUCGGAGAUCUGCAGAAGGCCUACCAGGACUCGCUGAGCGCGCAGAGAGAGGGGCAGGCGCAGUCGAUGGCCUUGCUCGAGCAGAUCAGGGACCAGCGUGUGGCGCUGGACGAGUCCGAGAUGAAGUACAGUCAGCUUCAGGCUCAGUACAACAGCGUCGUCAACGAGGCCGGCGCAGACGAGGAUGUGAUCAACUCGCUGGAGAGGGCCGUGGAGCGGUACCGGACGCAGGCGCAGAUGCACUUUGAAAACUGGAAGCAGAGUACCGAGGAGCUCCAAACGCAGACGAAGCAGCUUCGGUCACAGGCCACGCUCCGCAGGCCAGGGUCGAUCCCGCCAGAGAGUGUUGGCAGCCCGUCGAGGAUGAGCUUCCGGUCCUAA